AAUUUUGCGAUAUUGCUCUCUACUACUACCAUUGAAGAUCAGCAAGGGCAGCUGCUGCAUCGGACAAUCCAUUGGUUUGAACUGGAGGUUUGAUCAAGUUUUCAAGCAACGCAACGCAUCGACCCCUUCGGCAAUCUCGUCCAUUUGGUUUCGUCAGAUACAUCACUCGAGCCCCUCACCGGGAUUACCAUGUCAUGGCUUCGGAACACAGCAAUAAGGCCCUCCAACCACGUUCAUGAAUAGCACGCCCUCAAACGAUCAAAGUCGGUCAACAUAUUAAACCAAGAGCGGAAUAUUACCCAGUGCAUGGUGCCACGAGUUGCAGCUAUCAUAGAGCCCAGACUUCCCCAUCAGUUCGCUAUAGAUUCUCCCAACUUAUUUGUAUGCGUUGCUCUGCUUCUGUAUGACUUUCCCCGUGGUGUACGGGGUAGGCUCUUGCCUUCGGUGCGUAUUGAGUCAACUGCAAUUGUAUAUCGUACGGUGCUUCGGUCAAGGUUUAGGUCGUGUGCAAUCUUAGUAGGUGUUGCACCCUCUGACUGCCUCCCAAUAAUCUGCCCGCGUUAGUAUGGGCUUAAUUGGCCACCAGGCUGUCGAUUCCCAUCAAUUGGAGCCAAAGCCCUCCGAGUUGGUGGCAUAAUUAUGGUUGUUGUACAAGGAGGGGUGGGUUACGCGACGCGAUUUACGCAUCAAAUUGGAAUUCGAUCUCUUCAGGAUGGCCCCAAACGCCCCGCUAAAGGCAAGGGAAAAAAAACUGACGCCGCAGCUUCUCAAAGCUCUCCCCGUGGCGCUGAGGCUGCCCCGGUGCCUGGCCCAAGCAACGCCACUGCUGCCACUCCGUCUGGCCUCGCUCGUGGUAGUCGCCUUGCCACUGUGGUCCAACCCCCGGAGAACCCUUUGCGUCAUGCGCGCCUCCCACCCGUUGACACGGUGUCAGAGGUGAUGUCUUCGCCCUUGAAGCCCCGCCGCGCCAAGCCGAAGGUCGCCAUGUGUCUCCGUUGCUCUAAGAGAGUGUACAAGGAUCGCGAGGAUAUGUGCUGCUCCCGCGUCAACGCUAUGACCCGCUGCACAUACUGCCAGGAACAUCGGGCAAAGUGUCUCCCUAUUCCCCCCUGGGCUUUCCGCAAGUUCAAUCGCUUGAUGGCAGCAUUUGAGAAGUACCAGGGCGCCAUCGAUCCCAGCAUCCCUCGCCCAAACUUCAGCCAAACGACCGCGCACCGCCGCGCCAAUAUUUUAGAGGCGCUUCAGCUCCGCUACACGAAGUUUAAGGUGAACACCGGCCUGGCGAUGCUGGAGAUCGCCUCUGACAUUCGCGGCCUACGCCGUACCAUGAGGCACGCGAAUGACAUCCAGAUGGCGCUGCACGUCCACAACCCUACCGUCACUGCGACUGAGGAGUACGAGUCGUCUGGUAGCUAG